AUGACGGAAUACUCUGCUAUUUUUCAACCAUUCGUUGACUUGUUUACUCAGGAGCAAGUUCAGGCGAUUUUGCUGGCAUGGCUUCCCACAAAAUUGGGAUCUUUUCUCUCGGGAAUUAUUGCUGUUGACAUGUUCCUUACCACUAUUCUAGCAUCUGGGAUAACGGUCACAUUCGCCGCUCUUUUUGCUCUGAUUCGAACAAGAUUCACCGGGAUUAUGUGGGAUCAAAAUUUGGUGACGGUACAAAUUGAAUAUUACGCUACAGGAAUUUUUGGGGAUCAAUACACAUCGUUAUUCUACGAAUCCUUGUCGUGGUUGAUUUCACAACAAACCAAACAAUUGGAUAAAGGCGCUUUCAUAGUUCAACAUACCAACAAAGUUGCUGAAGGUGAAGACGAUUGCGCACCUCCUGGUUUUAAUAUUCUCCCCGAAAAGAAUCAACAGGUCACCAUCAAACACGAUAAAAGGAAGUUUCACGUGACAUUCAGUUUACCUGCUGCGGACGGUAUUAACAAUGCGGAUAAUAAUAACAAUCGAAAUUCGACAAGCACGACAAAGGUCAUGCCAUCCAUCUACCUCACCACAAUCAAAGAUUCAAAUGCCAAUGUAGACUCGGUGUCUAAUUUCCUAAAUGAAGUCACUCGUGCAUACCUGGAAUCGCAAAAGAAAACAAAAACGCGUUCACGAUUCGAACGUAACGAAGGAUAUUGGUAUAAAAUUCAAUCUUUGACUUCCAGUCGAGGUCUGGAUUCCGUCGCACUCGAUCGGCCACAAGAGAUUUUGUUGAGAAAAGAACUUGAAACAUUCAUAAGUGAUAAGGACUUCUAUCAAAGAAUCGGGAUGCCUUAUCGAAGAGGAAUUCUUUUGUAUGGAAAACCUGGUACCGGAAAAACGAGUCUCAUCAAUGCCAUUUCAUCGCAUCUUUCGCGAGACCUGUACUAUCUCAAUUUGAAGAACAUAACGGAUGACAACGAAUUGAGUGCAGCUUUCUCAUCAAUUCCGGCAAAUCAAAUAUUGGUUCUUGAGGAUAUCGAUACUCAGUCAAAAGUUGUGCACCAAAGAGGAAGGACAACUUCAUCAAGUGUCAAAUCUGAUUCUUCGGAAAACAAAGCCGUCGGGCCAACUAACAAAGGAGGUUCCGAUAGUUAUUCGAUGUUCAGUUUAUCAACAUUUCUGAGUUGCUGCGAUGGUCAUAUAUUAGCUGAAGGAAUUAUAAUCAUCAUGACCACAAACCAUGUGGAAGUGUUGGAUCCUGCAUGGUUAGUAAUUCAAGAAUAUUCGCAAUUUACAUUAUAUUUCAUCUUGCGUUCGAAUUUAUCUGAUGUUUUGUUUAUUUUUAAUAGUAUUCGUCCGGGACGAUUCGACCUUCACCUUGAUCUUGGUUACGCGACACACUACCAAAUUGCAAAAAUGUACAGUAGUGUGGUUGAAGAUCAGAAGGCCGAGUUUCCGCCUGAGAUUAUGUCUAAAAUUCCAGAUCGUCUCCUUCCUCCCUGCGAAGUUAUGAUGACCAUGGUUUUGUAUCGUAAUGAAGCAAAAAUGAUUCCGCAAAAAGUUUACGAGUUGGUGGAAAAAUACCGACACAUGAAACCUGAAGAAAUUGCAAAACAGAUGGAAGAAGAGGCCGCUAGAAUCUCGUCUACCAAUGGGGAGAAAAAGGAGGAAGCAUCCAAACUAGAGAACAAUGGCGCCGCGAUCACUCCGGAAAGUGCCCAAUCAGAUGAAAAAAAGGAUGAAAUCAAACCAGUGAUUGAAGGGGCAGUUGCGGAAGUUAUAACGAAAGAAAUAGUUGUGGAGGAGUUAAAGGUCACGACGAUCAAGGAAAAGGACAAUAUUACAAAUGCAAUUCAUAAUUCAAGUAAAAUAACUUGCACAAAUGAAGACGAUACGGAUAGCAGCACCGACGUCGAGUUAGAUGAAAAUAUAUCAAAAAAGAGCCUGGUCUCAAUAUAA